CGAUGCAGACAGACAUUAGGCUCUAGCCAUCCAAACUCUGUUGUUCUUCGAAAAUUUACUGUGUACAUGUCUCUGGUAUUUUUCCUGAAAAAAAAAAAUGUAUUUAGACGUAUGCAAAUGUAACGGAACACACUAUCUAUAUUCUCGUCUUGCUUGCUAAGUUGCUAAUGCUAUUCAGUUUCAGUAGUCUUUUUGGUUCUGUCAAGUGUAGUGCAUGGUAUAUGUAGUUCUAAAGUUACAAUUCACUGAAAAGUUGCUCUCUUAUUACAUAACGUGGAAUUUUUUUUACAAAUUGAAGUGAAGAUUGUGUAAGCUAAUCGUUAAUUUGUGCGAGUACAUAUCUAUGGACAGCAUAAUUUGAUAUUUUGAUUACUCGAAUUCUCACAAUUGUUUCAUCAAAGGUGAUUUAUAUCGUUUGAAUACAAUCGAACGAAAUGGCUGGCAGUAUACUCUCAAGGAUGGAUAAAAUUUGUCUGGUCAUCUUCGUUAUCGCUGCUGUUCAGGAAUUAGCUGUUUGUUGGCCGCUAGGAUAUUACCCACUUCCAUAUUAUUAUCGAAAUGAAGAUUACGCCGGAGAAUCUUUCAAUCAAAUCAUCAAAAGCAAUCCUCCUCUGCCGUGGGAGAUUUCUCUACCACUAGCCAGAUACGACGACACUCCUGCAAUCUCAUCUCUUCAGUCGUACCAACAUUUGCCUCAUUUUCCAGCUUUGGGUGAUUCACAAUCAGUUUUUGUACCCGAUGUACAAUACGUACCCGAUAAUCUGCAGCAGCAUUCCAUUCGUAAUGAUAUUCCCAACGUAUGGUAUUAUCAACCAAGCUAUUCAAAUGUCAUACCAUCUUCGAAUUUGGUGUUUCCCAGUGCCACAGUGGAAACGUCUACCCGAUCUCAUAAUAACAAUUUCACGAGAAAUCCCUCGAAUGGAAUUUCUGCUGUGACUGAUCAAUUCGCCACUCGUGAAAAUUCAAACUUGGUGUCCUCUAGUGAUACAGCGAAAUUGUCGACCCCAUAUAGUGACAUUGGUUUAACGAGAAAGCCAACUAAUGGAAAUUUUCCUAGAUCGGCCGAACUGAUAGAAUUGAAUAGAAACUACGAUUUACCGGAAGAAUUGGAUACAGAGUACUAUGUACCGGACGAUUGGGAUUCAAACGACGAUCUACAGAAAGAAUUGGAUACAAACAACGAUCUACAGAAUACAGAAACGAGCUCCCAAUCUAGCUCUGUUGUAAGUACUCGUUCAGAUUCGAUCUCAACACUAUCGAGUUUGGUUACUCUAGUUACUGCCGAAUCGUCUACUUUGAGUGGUCCAUCCAGUUCCAUUUCCUACUCUACAACUCUUCAGAUCGAUGAAAAUCUGCGACAGUUUGGUAAAGAUAAUGAAACAGAAGUGACGAAUUACGAGAAACAUACCACCAACUCGAUAAACGAGGAAAGCAUCGUAAGAAAUCAGCUUCCUUCUGAUUCUGGGAAUGAAACUGUCAUCAAAGUCAGCAGUAACAUGGCAACUACACCUUAUUCUAUCGAACCGACCACCUCUAAAAAUCUGAUGAUCGAUGUCGUACGUAAUAAGUCUAAUAGUGAUUUAGAUACGGUUUCAACAGUCUCUAGAAAUGAUCCAUCUUCUACUGAGGCGCUUCCCGAGGUACAGGCUGAUGAGUUCAGACAAUCGACAUUGAAUUCCAACGUAGAUGAGACGACUAAAGUAUCUGAAAAACUGAUCAAUCAUUCGAUUAUUGAGUCAGAUCGUCUCGAAACCACUGAAGUUGUCAAUAUGACCUCAAUUUCAGAAAACAAAACUGAUUUUUCGACUGAUCCGUCUGUUACUGAGGUACAUUCCAGUGUAGAUGGAGAUGAAUUCAGACUAUUCACUUUCAGUCCCAAUGAUAAAAUGAUUGAAGUAUCCGAAAGUGUGAUCAAUCAAACAAUUAUCGAAUCAGAUCGUCUCGAAACGACUGAAGUGGUCAGGAUGACCUCAGUUUCUGGAAACGGAACUGAUUUGUCGACUAAUCCACCUGUUACUGAGGUACCUUUCAAGAUAAAAGCAGAUGAUUUGAGACAAUUCACAUCCGAUGCCAAUGAUGAGACAACUCAAGUAUCCGAAAAAGUGACUAAUCAUACGAUUUUUGAGGCAGAACUUCCCGGAACCACUGAAACAGUUUCUGGAAAUGAUACCGAGUUUUCAACGAGUUCAUCUACUGCUGCGGUACCUUCGAGUAUAGAAGCAGAUUAUUUCAAUCCGUCGACAUUUAAUGCCAGCGAAGAUCAGACUACUCAAGUAUCCGAAAAAAUCAUUAACCAUACGAUUAUCGAAUCAGAUCGUCUUGAAACCACUGAAUUCAGUAAGAUGGCGACAAUUUUUGGAAAUGAAACUGAUCAUACAAAUACUGAACCUUCUAUUACCAUGGUACCUUCUGAGGUAGAAGCAGCUGAUUCCGGAUUACCAAUAUUGAAUGCCAAUGAAGAAGAUACCACUCAAGUAUCAGACAAAACGAUCAACCGUAUGAUUAUCGAGUCAGAUAAUCUCGAAACGUCCGAAGUUGAUGUAAUGACAACCGUUCCAGACAACGGAAGGACGUUUUCCAUGAAUUUUGUUGAAGUAGAAGAAUCCAUUGCGGAACCUAAUAAAACCGAUAUUGUUGAUUGGCCUGUUACCACAGACUCGAUAGACUCCCGAUUAAUUUCAGUUGAUCUGAAAAAUGUCACGUUCGAUGUCGAAGAAUCCAGCGGAGCCGGAGAACAGACAGAUGAGCCGAGCGUUUCAAUAUAUGUACCUGCCCAGGAACAUAAUAGAUACGAAUCUAACCUCGAAUAUCUUUGGUCUGUUGAUAUGUAUCAGUAUCAACCAGCUCAUGUUAUAGAAUUUAUGAAAAGUAGAUCCUCCAAUGACUUAGAUACUGGAUCGAAUAUCAAUGCUGUUGAUCGUGAGGAAUUCUUGUUCGGUAUUGCGUCCAAGUCAGGAUCUCAUAAUUUGAAUAAAUCUACCAGCAGAAGUAAUUAAUUAGGCUCUUCAUCCAUGUUUAUUAUCGAAAUGAAUGAUUUCCACGAUAUUUUUUACAGAAUGAUUGGAAAUGUCGGAAAGGGUUUUGAUACAUCAUAAUGCAUUGCAUACGUGGUGGUCUGGUGGUAUUUGAUUUAUAUGUAGGCACGUACAUAUUGUAUGUUGAACGAAGCCGUGUGAUGUUAGCCUAUUGCACUCGUGUAAUGUUCCUUGUGUCCAAACUGAUCAUAUAAUUUGAUCAUUUUAGUUACGAACUCGAGUCAGAAUAUUAUUCAAGAUCUCGGUGUUGAAUAAAAUAAUCAACUUAAUUGUGAUUGAGAAAAACACUUAUCUUUUAAAACGAAAAUUAUUGCCAUUAAUUUCUUUUUCCAAAGAGAUCAGAGAUAUUAGUUUAUUAUCUACCGUUUUUGCAUUAGGUAUACCUAUUUUUAUACUCGAAAAUACCAUAAUAAAUACUCGUAUAAGUGUAGUAGGUGCGUAGUGAUAGAGAUGUGUAAAUAUGACAAAACUUAAUAAAAUGUGUAUUCUGUUUUUCUCCUCAU